UGUUUUCAAGGGAGCUAAUCGUGCCUGUGACCUUUCAGGUUUAUAAAAGGAUUACAGGUAUUUGUUAUUACAACAUUAACAGACUGGAAACCAACCAAGGUAAAUUAAAAGUACAGAUGCAAGAUAUUUUAAACCGUAUAAUUACACACCAUCAAUCAAUGCAGAAUAAAAUCGUCUGUUAACCGCUAAUUAGCUUUACUGUGCAGUUAAAUGAUUAGCGUGUGGAUGUCAAUGCAAUUAUUGGUGACAGGUAUUAAACAGUGAGAGGUUUGAAACUAUCAGUUCUAUACAUCUAUUGAUAGAAGCGAAGAAGGCACAGCGUGUGACAUCCAGGGAACUUAAAACCAGCACAAAUUACAGGCAAUCUUCUAUGUUGGAUAUUGACAUUUUCAAUGGGGUUGUGUGAGUCAGAAAAAAAGAAAGUCUGUCAUCGUUAUGACAAAGUAAACUGUGUCACAACGGACAUCACAUGUUAGACAUCAAUUCAUCUGGGUCCCUUGAAAGUUUUGGCGAACAACGGGACGAGGUUAUAUUGUAUUCUCGUAAAAUAGAUAAAGAUCUGGCGAGCCGGGAUUGUCAAGUUACUAUUAUAGCGAGAAAAUGACUAGAUAUAGAAUGGAAACACGAGUUUUUCUUUUCGCUAUAAUUGUGAUAUUUAUUAAUGUUCUGAUUUUACACAAAACUUUUAGUGGAUUAGAACGAGAGAACAUGAUUGACCCCGGGGGGACAAAUCAUCGUCAUAGCUCCAUGGAUAUGUAUAGUAUAUUUGAAAGUAGACUUCGGAAACUUACAGAAGUAUCUUUUGAUAGAGGUGUUCAUUUGGAACAUCUCUAUCCCUUAUCAAGAGACAGUGCUACUUUAGGGUGCCAAGAUAUGGUCCGAAUGACAAACUAUCGCUUCCUAGCGUCGGGGUGGACAAAAGCUGUAUAUAGCGCAAGUUACAAUAAUAAGACAUAUGCUGUGAAGACCGUGUUUCCCAAGGGUAGAGAUAUAUCUUCUUGUUUAGAAGAAGGACAUUUGUAUGAUAAGUGUUUUUACAAGGCCGCCAAGAAACUGGUCAAAGAGAUCAGCCUGCUACAGAAACUAUCUCAUCCAAAUAUUGUCCAGGUGUUUGGUUUCUGUAUUACAAGUGACAAUCUAUACGACGUCUCCAUGGUAACAGAAUUAGGGGAUCCCGUAGAACUGAUUAGACUUUUACAAAUGUCAUGGGAGGACAGACUCAAGGUUGCGUACGACAUUACAAAGUUGUUAUAUUUCAUGGCACACAAUCAGUUUGGGACAAUUUCUAUCAAUGAUUUCCGGAGGCAACAGUUUGUCAGGGUAAAUGAUGAAAUAAAGUUAUCCGAUGUUGAUGAUAUAGGUUUCGGCGACCCAAUUUGCCAAACAGAUGACGAUUGUACUGUUACCUUUCCAAAUGCCAACUUCUCGUUGAGAAUAUCUUGUCAGAAUUUAAGGUGUAUUGGACAUAACGAGAAAAAGAACAUUUUUAACGCUGGACGACAUUUUACCACAUUCCUCCUGCCUCAUGGUGUUCCAAAAGGCUUGCAGCCAUUAGUUGACAGAGUCGUACUUGGUUACUCUAAUGUUACUAUGAACACCAAACAACUCUUAUAUUUGAUGGACAAAAUUGUGCAAAUGUACGGGAGUGGUAGUUACUUGAACCGGAAUGGUACACAUACAAAAGUUCUUUAUAAUAAAAUACCAUACCAAGAUCUCCCUGGAAUAUAUGAUUACCCGUGUCGGUUAUCAUUGACCGGAUACGGAUGUACUGUAUCAGUGUUUGACCUACAGGAAGCGGAAGCGCUUUGCAAUGCAGAUGAACAAUGUCUAGCUUUUGUUUUCACUAAAGAACAAUCCUGGACAGGGCGGACAUUAAUACACAUGAAGUCUAAUGUUGGAUAUUUGAACCCGAAUAUAAAUACAAAUUUAUACAUGUAUGUAAAACCAACGAGUUCAAGAUUGAUGUAGAAUUAAAACCAACGAGUUAAAUAUUGAUGUAACAUUAAAACCAACGAGUUAAAGAUUGAUGUAACAUUAAAACCAACGAGUCAAAGAUUGAUGUAACAUUAAAACCAACGAGUUGUUAAAGAUUGAUGUAACAUUAAAACCAACGAGUUCAAGAUUGACGUAACAUUAAAACCAACAAGUUAAAGAUUGAUGUAACAUUAAAACCAAUGCGUUAAAGAUUGAAGUAACAUUUAAACCAAUGCGUUAAAGAUUGAAGUAACAUUAAAACCAAUGCGUUAAAGAUUGAAGUAACAUUAAAACCAAUAAGUUAAAGAUUGAUGUAACAUUAAAAAGCAAAGAUGGCAAUCCGAAUACAGGGUAUAAGAUAGAUAACUAGAUUUAUCAUUAUCUGAUAUUAGCAAACACUUUCUGAUAUUAUUUUGUUUGAAUAUGUGUUAACACGCCAGUAACACGUCAGUGCUGAUUUUAUGUGAAAAAAAAUCCACGUAAAUUUCUAAUUGAAUUCAAGUUUUAUUUCAAAUUCAUUUGAAAUCGAAGUGAAAAAUAAUUCAGUGAUAUCUACAUUUGUGAAAUUUGCUUUUGUGUAUAGCUGAAUUGACAAAUUGAUAAAUAGAUGUACACAGUUAUGGAUAUAUCUCUUUGAUUGGACGAAUACAUAUAUUGACUGGACGUGUAGAUAAAUGUUUGGACGAAUAUUUAAUGAUUGGACGGAUCUAUAAAUGAAUUGACGGGUGUAUGAACUACUGGGCGAAUAUAAAAAUUAUCAGACGAAUAUAUACAUGAUUGGACGGAUAUAGCAUAAUUGGGCGAAUAUAAAAAUUAUUAGACGAAUAUAUACAUGAUUGGACGGAUAUAGCAUAAUUGGACAAAUGUAUGCAUGAAUGGACGGAUCUAUAAAUGGUUGACGGAUAUAUAAAUGAUUGGAAGGAUAUUUGUAUAUGAUUGGACGAGUAUACAUAAAUGAUUGAAUGGAUAUAUUAUUAAUUGGACGGAUAUAUGCAUGAAUGGACGGAUAUAUAAUUGAUUGAAAGGGUAUUUAAAUGAUUGGACGAGUAUAUACAUGAUUGAAUGGAUAUAUUAUUAAUUGGACGGAUAUAUGAAUUAUUGGUUGGGUUUAUCAUUGAUUCGACGACUAUUACAUUAAACCGACGGAUAUAUGCGUGACUUAACAAAUAGAUGAAUGAUUGGACGGAUAUAUAAAUAAAGGGACGGAUUACGAUUAUUUUGGCGAUUUAUAAUAUUGAUUGGAUGGUAAUAACAUUGAUAUGGGCGAUAGAAUUGUUAAUUGCCGGAUAUAUCAUUCAUAGGUUGUUUAUAAGGAAUCAUGAUUAAGUAGAUGGAUAUGGAUUGGGUUUUUCGUGCGAGUAUACAAGAUUUCAGGGACUGAUGAGUGAUCGGAUGUGUGAUUGAUCUUUAAAGUUAUAAAAUAGCACAUGCAUGGACAUUGUACUAGGAUGUUACAUUUAGUUUUUAUUGUUUUUCUUUAUGUUAUUUUGUUAUGUUUUUAUACGAGAAUAAAAAUUUGAAUUCU